AUGGAGUCCAUCAAUAGAGUCGACUACAAAGUCGCCGAUAUCCCAACGCGUGCCGUGGUUCUGUUUCCCGAAAGAGCGCAGGUAUUUCGAGACAUCAAAGACAUUGCACUCAAACCCGGCAUCAAUGAGGUCACAAUAAGCGGCCUCAGCCCUACUCUGGACGAGGAGUCGAUCAAGGUCGAGAGCGCAGGCUCCGCCGUCAUUACCGACAUUUCCGUUGAGGCCCUGCCUAACCCAGACAAUUUCAAAGACGUUGAACCCGACGAAGACUCCUCUUCCUCCAGUGACGAAAGCGACGACAACGAGGACCAUGACUCCGAGGAUCUCUGCGCCGUCCAACUUCGCGUCAGGGAGCUCCGGGACGAGAUGUGGCUCAUCGAAGAUGCCAUAGACAGCGUGAAUAACCGUCAGCGGAUCAUGCUCGUCCGUAGCAACGCGGCGGACACGAUGGAGCAGGACAAAGGCGUGCGGCUCGCCGAGCUUCUGGCCGCGUACAAGAAUGAGAGGGCCGCGCUGAGCCGGGAGAGGCUGGAGGCGGCCAAGCUGCAGCGGGAGGUGCAAAAAAAGCUGGAUGCGGCACUGGCACAUGCCCGAGCUCUGCGAGGGACGGCGCUGCGGGAGUCGAGAGAAAGACGCAAGGCGAAGCGCAGGCAGCGCGAGAAGGAGCAGAGACGCCGUGCGGACCUCCGCGAGGAAUGGAAGCGUGUCCGACGAGAGCGCGCCAAGUUCUGGCCCCGGUAUUGCUACUCGAUCCGAGUCAUCCUUGACGUCAACACAAUGACGCCGAUAUCGUCGCGGCGCGCCUCUAUUGCCAGCGAAACUGCCGUCCGAGCCGUCACCGCCACCGUCGCCGACGACGAGAAGCCCACGGCGGCGGCACAGCUUGACAACCACAUCUCCUGCAGCCUCUGCGUCUCCUACGUGACGUCGGCUGCGGGCUGGACACCCUCGUACGACCUGCAACUAUCCACGACGGGCACCGCCGCCGCCACGCUCUGUUUCGACGCCAAGAUCUCCAAUCAGACGUCGGAGACGUGGCGCGGCUGCGCCGUGUCGCUGUCGACGGCCGACGCCGCGCUUGCGGGCGUCGACGCCGACCUGCCGGAGCUGAUGCCGUGGCGCAUCCGCCUCGUCGGCAAGAGCCGCCGGAGCGAAGGCGACGGCGACGAGCACAUUGCGCGGAGCCGCCACGAAGCGCACGAGCACAGGGCGUUUGCGCUUCAGCAGAAACAACGCGGAGGCGAGGCGAAGCCGCGGGUGGAAAUGUUUGGGGUGGAUGGAUGUGAUGAGAUAGGGCCGGGGUGCGGCGUGUCGCAGCCAGAUGCGGAAGCAGCGUCGUCAACGUCGUCUUCCUCGGACCAUGAUGACGAUGAUGUCUCGACACCGCGACGUAAAGGCAAGAAGAAGGCGUCGACACGCCUUGAGACGACUACACCCGUGGCUGCUCCCGUGCCCCCUGCCGCCGUCGCGGGCUUUGGCGCAGAUCUCGCACCCGAAGCCAUCGACUUUGACGACUCCCUUGUCGAAGAGUCGGGCAUGACCACCGUCUACGACCUUCCCGGGCUGCAGACUCUCGCCCCUCGCACACCCACCUCCAAGCAGCGCGUCGCGCGCAUUGCCUUUGCCCACGUUACCCUGAGCCACCAUGUCGUCGCCAAGCUGCGCCCGGUCGCCUACCUUCAGGCUCGGCUCAAAAAUAGCAGCCGCCUCACCCUACUCCGCGCCCCGGCGGGUCUCACCCUCGACGGCGCCUUCCUCGGGCGUGCGCAGCUACCGCGGUGCUCCGCCGGCGACGUCCUCACGCUCAACCUCGGCGUCGAUCCCGCCAUCAAAGUUGCGUACCCAAAACCCGAAGUCCGACGCGCGACCACGGGACUCUUUUCGAAAGAGAGCAGCUCGGUGUUUGCGCGGGCGGUUGUGCUGCAUAAUACGAGGACGACGGCGGCACCGGGACCGGGAUCGGGAGGAAGCAACAGGACGACGGCGCGGGUGCAGGUGAGGGACCAGGUGCCGGUCAGCGAGGACGAGAGGCUCAGGGUGGACGUGGUGACGCCGCGCGGGCUGGUGGAGGAGGGGCCGGCCGUGGUGGCGGGCGCGCCGGGGAGGGAGGAGGACGGCAGGGACAGGGACUGGGGCAAGGCGACGGCGCAGCUGAGAAAGGGGGGCGAGGUGUGCUGGGACGUGAGAUUGAACGCGGGGAAGAUGGUGAAGCUGUGGCUCGAGUAUGCAGUGUCGGCGCCGACGGGAGACGUCGCUGUCGAGUGUUGA